AUGUCGACUCUCCCAAAGAUCGUAGUAAUUGGCGGAACGGGCGCCCAGGGCGUUCCAGCAGUACAAGCAUUGUCAGAGAGUGGCAGGUUCGAAGUAGUUGUUCUUACUCGCAACAAGUCCAGCGAGUCCGCACAGUCUCUCGCGUCUCUUCCCCACGUUUCCCUAUUCGAAGGUACCUAUCUCAAAGAAUCCGACGUAUGGGCUCUGUUCAAGGACGCCUAUGGAGCCUUCGUUAACACCGACGGAUUUGUGAUUGGCGAGAAGGCCGAGAUUUUCUGGGGCAUGCGGAUCUUUGAGAUCGCUGUGGCUCAGGGCGUGAAGCACUACGUUUGGGGCAACCUGUAUUACCUGACUAAGCUCGGACACUACUAUCCUAAGUACCGGAGUGGACACAUGGACGCCAAAGCCCGAGUUGCCGAAUGGCUCCUCGCUCAGAAGCUGCCGAAUAUCACAGUCACCCUCUUCACCACGUGUCCAUAUGCCAACAUGUUCUGGGACGGCAUGUUCCAUCCUAUCAAGAUGGAGGACGGGUCGUUCGUCUUCCACUCGUCCAUAGGGAACGGUCAUCUUCCGCUCAUCGCGCUAGAAGACGUGGGUACAUAUGUUCAGUGGAUAUUCGACAACAAGUCCCGAGCUGACAACCUCGAUCUCGUCGCUGUGACCGACAUCCCGGACUAUCCGACCAUCAUCUCUGCUUUCGAGAAAGUGACGGGGAAGAAAGCGCACUGGGUCGACCUGCCUUACGACGAAUACGCGGCGAUCCGCCAGCUCAAGGAUGACGUGCCUGCUGCGUGGGCGCACGGAUCGGGAGAGUAUAAUGACCCUGCGGGGAUGAGCCUCAAGGCCAAUUUUAGUGGAUGGUGGCAGUCUUUCCGGGAUGAUACAUUCGGGUGGGACAAGGUAGACACUAAGCUCUUGGAUGAGAUCAACCCCGGAAGGAUUAGGAGCUUUGAGGAGUGGUGCAGGAAGGUGGGGUACAAUGGUGAGAACAGGAUCGUGCUGAAGGAUAGGAAGGACAAGAGCUUUUGGGAGCGGGUUUGA